UACGCUCGAAUUCCCCUGAAGCGAUUGUGCCUUUCUUGACACAUAUUCCAUUGUAUCACAUCGCAGGUUGAUGCAUGUUCAAAGUGGCGAGGACGAACAUGCCUUGAUGCAAUGCAACGGUCUUCCUGGGCGAGAUUCACCAUAUAUGGAGAAGUGACGAUCCCCUCCAUGCUUGCUUCAUCCACUAACACUCAUUGAUCCUUCGAAAACCUCCAUGAUGGUAAACGCUUCGACGAGCCCGCCGACUCUGAGGAACCCCGUGGGGCUUGGCAUUCAAGUCGUCGGUGCUGUGAUGCUAGUCAUUCUGACAGCGGUUGUUGCGAUGAGACUUUGGGGUCGAUACAGGUACAAAGCACCGGACAAAUCAACCAAAGCUACAUUCCGAGAGCCACGAUUUUGGAUGUUGGUGUCUGACGGCACCAUUAUACUCUCUUAUAUCAGCGCCGUUGCUCUCACGGCUGUCCAGAUGAAUGCUGUCCAAUGGGGUCAAGGCCUACACGUCCGACAACUCAGUAUAGUACAGAUACACGCUGUUUUGAAAAUGUUUUUCAUAUAUCAAGUACUGUACAAAUUCUGUUCGGCCAUAGCCAAAAUGGCCACCGUAUUUCUGUUCCUCGCCAUAUCGACGCCCCACAAGCCCAACUUCAACUUGGUCUGUAAGGCUUUUGCCACAUACAUGGGCCUAUACUGCUUGGCAUGUUCUCUCGUGGCGGUGUUUCAAUGCGGCACCAAACUGGAAAGCAACUGGAACAAGACGGUGGACCAAUCUCACUGUUUUUACCUGCCGCCAUUUUGGUACGCACAUGCCAUCAUCAACGUCUCGGCGACACUCGCCAUGGCCAUCUUGCCGUGGUGGCUUUUUGCUCAUAUAUCCUACAAGCGGAAGUAUGCUAUCGCGACUGUCAUGACUGUUCUCGCUCUAGCUGAGACAGGAUUGGGCGCAGUGCGACUGUGGAGCCUGUAUCGUGCUGCAAAGAGCCCUUCAGAUCUCACGUACUCGACAUCCACCGGUCAAAUUGUGUCCCAACUCGAGGUUGACUUUGCGACCAUUGCUUCUUGCAUACCAACGGUUCUGAAAAUCGGCGAAGAGGCAUGGAAUACCUUCUGCGUGCGGGUGCUGGGACGUACGCCGGACUUCAGCACGUCCAGAACAGGUUCCAAGACGACCGGCACUCACGAGACCCACGCCAGUGAGCUCCAGUCCAUCGAUCGAGGGCCAAGGCCCACGGGGCCGUAUGCCAGCUUCGAUAGAGACGACGAGUCCACGGACAGUCAGGAUGUGAUCGUCAAAAGGAGCAGUCGAGCAAUUAAAGUCACAAAGGAAGUGGAAGUGGCAAUAGAGUAUGGUUUUGCUGAGACCAGAUUUAGUCGCCAAGAUGAACAAGAAGACGGCUUGGAGGGCGGCAAGUCAUCCUACUAUGUCAACUCCACGUCUCAAUAGAGUGCAUGCGGGCAAAAUAUGCGGGCAAAACCUCAUGAUGAAAAGGGGACAGAGCACUAUGAGAGAACCAGAUGGCUGUAUCAUUUCGGUUUCAGUAGUCCACAGUUCAUUUGUGGAUUGCACAUUGAAGUUUAUUCGU